AUGUGGAACUUUCCUAAUUGCUUAGGAGCAUUAGAUGGGAAACACGUGGAAAUUUUUGCUCCUCCGAACAGUGGUUCCCAAUAUUUCAAUUAUAAGAAAACUUUUUCUAUUAAUUUGUUAGCUUUGGUUGACGCAAAUUAUAAAUUCAUUGCUGUAGAUGAAGGAUCCUACGGUAAGAAUAGUGAUGGUGGAAUAUUUGCCAAUUCAAAUUUAGGAAAAGCGUUGGAACAAAAUAAACUACAUGUUCCAAAAGAUAAAAAUCUUCCCGGAACUCAAUGUCCAGUGCCAUAUGUCAUUGUGGCGAAUGAGGCAUUUCCCCUAAAAACCUAUCUAUUAAGACCUUAUCCUGGUUCUGUAAUUAAUGGUGAUAUACAGAAACAAGUAUUCAAUUAUAGAUUGUCAAGAGCUAGGCGCGUAUCCGAAAACGCAUUCGGAAACUUGGUGCAAAAACUUCGAAUCUUUUUUAGAAGUAUAAAAUCUUUACCCGAAAAUGUUGACAAUAUUAUAUUAACUACUUGUAUUUUGCAUAAUUAUAUCAAAGAUAAUAUUUUAAUUACCCAACAUUUAGACCCACCAGAAUGUGAACCUAAUUGGGGACGUAUACAUAGACAAGGUGGAAAUGCCCUCACUACUGCUUUUAAUGUGCGUGAAACCUAUAAAACUUUUUUUAACUCUGAAAAUGGAUCAUUACCAUGGCAGAGAGAUAAGUUUAUGUAA